GAUCGAAGCCAACCUGACGCACAUAGCGAGAGCCCGCCACACAUGGCAAAGGCGAAGAAUUGCAGAUUUCCCUUCAAGAUAACAUGGCUGAAAUGAAACUCCAUCAGCUGUUAAGGUCCCAUUGAAGAUUCCUGAAAGUAUUAAGGAGAUGAAGAGCCAUUGUUUCCCGGAAUGGAAGCCGAUAAUUAGUUUGAACGAUGGCACCGUCCCUGCCGGAUGUCCUGGAGACAUUUCCACAUUUCUCUGAAAGACCCCCAGAGAAGAGGCCUUCCGCCAUCCUGGCAGCAGACGACACUCAACAAGCAGACGACAUAAUAUGAUGGCCGCCAUAUUGGAAACAGUGUUAAGUAACGUGUCAAAGGUCUCUAACCUCUCCAGUGCAGUAAACACUGAAGAUGUGACAAUGGUUGGAGCCAACGAUACAACAGCAGGUGAUCCCGACGUGUCACCCUUUUACGUGACAAUGAGACGACUACAGACAGUUCUCAUUCCCUUGAUUUGUUCAUUUGGAAUUUGUGGAAAUGUUUUGGCUGCUGGGACCUUCUUGAGCUCGACUCUGCGAGGGACAUCAUGUUGUUUGUAUUUGGCAGCCAAAACUAUAAGCGAUAUUGGUUUUCUUUUGUCUCUCUUCGUCGUAUGGUUGUAUCGAGUCCAUGUGCCCAUCCUAAAUACCCACGGAAUAUGCCAGACGACAGUGUUCCUGAGCUACGUUUGUGGUUUUCUGUCGGUAUGGUUUGUAGUGAUUAUAACCAUCGAAAACUUCAUACGAAUAUCUCAACCCUGGCGAAUUCCGUUAUUUUGCAGUCAGAGAAAGGCGAUUAUGUUAAUUUGUUUAUUGGUGAUAUUUACUUGUUUACUGUACUCAUUUUCGCUGUGGACAACUGGAAUAGUCAAAGACGAAAAUCCGAAAUGCCAGUCUCUCAAAAAAUUUCAGAAUAUUGCACUUUCAAUGACUUAUGUCGACACUUGUCUGACACUUAUCUUGCCCACUAUUCUCAUGUUUUUUCUUGUUCUUGCCAUAAUGAUCAGUGCACUUCAAGCUUACAAACGGAAAAUGCGUCUUCGCGUUGUGGCUCAAAAUGGAAACGGAAAAUUAUCUGCAAGCACACCAGAAGGCAAGGUUAGCCGAUUUCUUUUCGCUGUGUCCAUCAUAUUCCUCUUUUUACACACACCCAGUCACGUGAUUCGGAUCAAGCUCGUGAUAUUAAACUAUUUCUAUCAUCAAGCGCCAUCCAUUCAUGAUCUUGUUUUUCAGAGAGUAUUUGAGACAUUUUAUUACUUUAACUUUUCACUGAACUGUUUAAUUUACUUGCUCUUCGGGGAAAACUUUCGAAGAGUGUUCAAGCAAAUCUACAUGAGCAGGUGCAAGAGGAAAAAUAUGGCCGAAGUUCAGGAAGCAAAUAACAUGUCACCCUUGAUGACAACGGGGUGGUCAUUCACCGAAGCAUCAUGCAUUGACCAAGAAGCAAGCACCUGACCUCAUCCUGGCCACUGGUCAGCCUGUCACUGUUUCCUCCAUAUUCAUCCACGAAGCAAGGAAACCAUCCCCUUGCAAACUAACAGUAAGCAUGCGUUGACUCUUAAACCAACGCCCAGAUCUAGUGGUGACUAAUUCAUUUGCUGACGUAUAUCUAAGGUGACGUGAAGAUUCACAGCAUGGAAAACCUCAAAUGAUUGCGUUGGAAAGAAAGUGUGUUGAUUUCACAAAAACAAGAUUGCGGUGUGCUGCUACUUACUCUUAACAAAAUAGUACACAGUAUAUUAUGUGACAGAUUCCCAAUCGGAACACUCUGUGAAAGUGUCAAACAAUCAUGACAUCUGUGAUACAAUGCUGUGAGAACCUUGCAUGAACGCCUCUGUGGAGAUGAAUGACCCUUAAUAUCAUUAAGACCAUUGUGUGAACUGAUGGUAACCUGUUACUCAGAAUGAUCUAGACGUUUACGAAUCAUCCUCCUGGGAAAUGCAGUGGGGCAGUAUAUUUUCUAUACCCAUCAAUAACAGGAAAGAAUUUGGAGAGAGGAUUAUUCCACUCAUUCAUAGCACGAGGAAAACAGGAAAGAUAAUUGUUUUCAUCACAAUGUAACCGCACACUGCUCACCAGAAUACCACUAUAUCCUGCCCGGAGCUUCAAUAGGAUGAUCACCUUUUGCAAACUGUAACAUGUAAUGUGAUAUUUUGACAUUUGAAUGACCUUUUACUACGAUUCUGUUUGGUCAUUUGGAACCAAGUCGUGAUCUGUUUACAUCCUGAUUAUGCAACUGAAAUACAUUGUCUCAGUAGGUGUUCUGUGUUUACGACAGGCUUUUGUAAGGUUCA